AAAGGACCGGUUGUGUGAGGAGCACGUGCAUUGCUCUCUCCCUCCCCCUCUCAUGUCUCGGUUAGCGACUCUGCUUCCAUCAAACCCCGUCCCCCUACAACGGACGAGCCUUCGUCGGAUUCCGGCGCUUUUCCGCCGGACAACCUCAAUAUCCGUCGUCUCAGCUCUGGAAGACCGGAAUCCGAGGUCGAUUCCAGAACCUUCGAUCUGGAAUCCGAUCCUUCUCAAACAUCAAUCUUUAUCGAUCUCUCCAACUACGCAUUUGGCGAGAAACCUAGGGUUUCGUCCGAGUCGAGAACUCGGUCUUCUUUCCCUCCUUUUCGUCCUCUCUACGGCAAUUGGAGCAUUUUUCUCUGUGGCUGUCAUAUCUCUUCCCAUGAUGAAUGCUUUUAGAAGACUAGCAGUUUCAGCAGAUAAACUGUCCAAAGUAGUUUCGGAGGAAGUACCUGUAACCUUAUCUUCACUAAAGCUUUCUGGCCUGGAGAUUAACGACUUGACACAGCAACUUAGCAAUCUCAGGCAAAGAAUAUCUGGAAAUCGGUAUGGGAAGAAAGAAAGAACGAGUAUGCCGAGGUCUAAUGGAGGAAGGAAUAAUCCAAUUAUAAAUUGAUUUCCUUCGCAAGAGGUUGCAUUGUCCAUGACUUGCAUAGAUGCAUGAUGUGCAUAUAUAUAAACGCAUGUAUGCAUGCAGGUGAGUCUUGAUGUGAUCAGAUGUCCAAUGGAGCAUACGGCAGGAUGCCCACACCACUCAUAGUUUGACGUACUUCUUGAGAGCCAACCAAUGCAUUCUUCUCUGGCACGGGCAUGUUGGUGAGGAGUGCCACCCUGGAUGAGGAUAUCAAGACCUUGUUCUCUGAUGCUGAUGGAUCGCUUCUCCAAAGUUUCACCUCGACCUUGUUCUCUGAUGCUGAUGGAUCGCUUCUCCAAUGUUUCACCUCCCACGCCUUAUCAAGAGACCAUCUUCAUCAGUAAUAACUGAUUAUCGCAUCUACGAAUUUAAUUUAUCAUAAACAAUCGACUUAUUAAAUGGAAGUAGGCAGGGUUAAAAGUUUGGGGCACACCCGUACACGUGCUGCCCCAUUAGAUUGACAAUCUAGAUGACCGUCCUAAAAGGGUCCCAGACAUGGGGGAAUUGGGAACUUCCAAUUCAAAAUAACAGUUUUAGAAAAAAAAAAAACUAUUUUUAGUAAGUUUUAAGUUGGACGUAUCUCCUUUGUUUAGAGUUUUAGUACACGUAGUUUUCUUAUGAUUUGCUUCUUAUUAUACCAGUAAUCAUUUGGCAAAAAUUAAAUUAGGACUUUUUAUUUGUAGUCAAUAUUACUAGUUUGGGUAAGUUCCAGUUUAGUCACAUUACGACGCCUAAUUAGGGUUUGCUUUUCUUUAAAAGUGAUGUAAUCGGAAGUGAGGAUGAUUAUUAAUUAAUAAAAUUUCCAAAUCUCCUUUUUUU